AUGAAAUCAAAUAUUUCUCUUUUACUAUUCAUAUCAUCAUUAUUAUUUUUAACUUUUUGUAAUUCAACAUUAGUUCAAAACAUUGAUGUCUUUAAUGGACAGAGUGUAUAUCAAGUAGUUAACCUUACAUCGGGUGAACUAGUUUCAAGUGUUGCCUUUCCCAACGGAGGUAUUUAUGAAAAUAUCUUUGGUAUUGCUCAACAAACAGGAGAUAAAAUCUUAUUGUUUGCUCAAUAUUACAAAAAUGUAUUGCUUCUUUCUUAUACAAUUUCUACAAAUAGUCUUAGAGUAAUUCAACAAAUGACAACUGUAUUCAAUUAUAUCAUAACUGAUCAAUCAUUGGGAUAUUGGGCUGGCCAAAAGUUUAUUUAUGCUAGUGGACAAAUUCCAUAUGGUUUAACCAAUUACAUUUCACUUAUCAUGAUUGAUUUUGUCACUCAAAGAUCAUUAACAGAAACUUUUGACGCAAUACCACUUGGAUCAAAUAUAGAGGUAGCAGGUGUAUAUUAUAAUAAUUCUUAUUAUCUUGCCUAUGGAUAUGCACCAUCGGAAAAAAAUUCAACCACAUCCAUCUUUUAUUGUCCAUUUGCAACUUAUCAAAAACUAAGUUUCACAGUUGAAAAUAUCCCUUCUUGUGACAUGAAGUUGUUCAUUUAUCAAGACCAGCUGUUGAUUGCCAGUGUUGGGGAUGACAGUGCCAGCAUUUUCGUAGCUGAUUUUGAAACAAAAGAGGCCACGCUUGUAUUGACACUUCCCUUUACCAACAGUACCAUCCAACCAUUCAUUCAAGAUCCAGCUGGCUACUUGUACAUGCUAUCACCCGAACCAAAUAGUAGUGGUAGUGAUGCUAUGCUAACCGUCACUACUAUCGACCUUGAAACAUAUAGUACUACCACUAGAACCAUUCCUGAUAAUAUUCAGUCGGGAUCUUGGAUUCUAUCAACUGUAGACAAUUUAAAUUAA